AUGGAGCCCUUCUCGACUGUUUGCGGUGUGCUGGCGCUGGUGGGCCAGGUCGUCAAAACCGUGAAUAGUAUACAGGGGCAUGUGGCUACUUAUAAAGCAGCGUCAGAUGAUGUCACUGACCUGAUCAAUCACCUCAAUAUACUCGGCAACAUCUUUCAAACUGUUCAAGAGUGCCUCGAAAGGUCACUGGCGUCCCCGAGUCAAGUAUAUAUAGCGGGAAUACCACGGGAAAUCGCCAGCAUCCUUCCCUCUUGCCAACAAAAGCUGAAAAGUCUCGAGCAGAAGAUAGUGAGGCUCGGCAGAUCAGGCAAGAUAUUUGGACUCAACUACAUUUACAGAAAGGACGAAAUUGCCAAGGCUUGCGGAGAGAUCUACAACCUCAAUAAUACCUUGCAACUUGCUAUAAGCAUCCAGACGUGGUCCAUAUCCUUAUCUUCAGUUGACCAGCCUCCAAAGUACGAAGAAAUGGAAAAGAUGGAUCAGACUGAAAGAGAGACGAUAUUGACCCCUUCAACUACAACUGAGGAGAUCAGCACAACAACCAAUUCCGCCGUGGGUUUUCCACAGAACAGUUUCUCCUUGGCCCAGCGAAAAUCAUCCAAGACCCAUCGGUAUUGUGGCAUUGCAGGCCAAGUGCAGGUGACCAGAAAGAACAGGCAAUCAAAGUGGUCAUACUUUGACGAUGGAAUUACUGACGAGUCGACCGAGUACUUGAUCAAAUUGCCUCUUAUCCCAUACCAAAUUGCUCUUCAGCUCCGAAGAUUAUCGAAUAUGCCGUUGAGCUACUCUCUGAAUGUCACACAUGUGAUUCAGACCUCCACACAACUUGGCAAGGAGCUUGCAGCCUUGUUCCAUCCUAAGGAGGAGGAGGACGAUCUUCGAGGGCUUCAGAGUCUUCUCUCAAGCCGGCGGAUUUCUCUUUAUUCGAUGGUUCACGAUGAAGUAACGGGCAAUACUUCAACUCUGCUGCAUCUGGCAAUCAACAAUCGAAUGCCCAUCCUGAGCAAGUUCUUGGCUCUGAACGACCACAGUGGCAAAUGCCUAGAAUCAGUAUCGGCCCAAAACCUGAUCAUGACAUAUCUCCCCGCUAAAUCUCCAUCUGACAGACAAAACAGAGAGGGUGAACAAGUCUUAUCAGUAGUUUUCAAAUCGCCACGAGCUGAGCUAGAUGCGGAUUUCUUCCAGUGGAUCAGCUAUAUUUACCCCGAUCCAGAGCAAUUUGGCAGCAUUACCAACCACUUUUUGCGUCAUCACGAGGGAGACACAUCCGAGUGGAUUGACAUGGCUUGGGCACGGGCUGUGGACAGUUAUAUCAACCUUGGCCCGAUUACCGCGGGCUACCCACCUGGCUUUUUUACCCGUCGUGUGGAAGCCUGGACCCCAAUCCUCAAGCAACUGAUCAAGUUGGGAGUCGAUGUGCAUGGACAGUAUAGAGCGUCCUGGGGUUAUUUUGAGGGCUCGGCCUACUUUCACAUUCUCCACAAUCAAACCAGCCACAAGCAGGUGGUCAAGGAUGUUCACGAAUGGCUUACAAUGCUCGAGGAUUGUGGGGUACAUCUUCCGACAUACCUGAGCCGGGAAAGAAAGCAACUACCAGAGCAAUGGAAAGUCGUUGCGGCUCUGCGACGAGACAGCAUAUACCCUGUAGGAGAACUGAAGACCCUUGACCACCAUGGCCUCGAUGCACUGGUAUGGACGCCUGCGAAUGACGCCUCGAAUGGAGCCUUGGAGGUAUUGCAAGAGUUUGAGGCGCUCCGGGAAUCGCACAUCUCGCCGUCUUUUAGGUUCAGCUUUCCGCAAGAAUCAAUCAAGGGAAAAGAUAACAGGCACAGGUCAAACGUCAAGCCAGUCGAACAAAAGAUGGACUUUUACAAUAGGGAGGAGUGGCCUGUUCAGCGCACGUUGGUGGGAGUUGCGGAAGAAGCCGUGCGCUACAAAAAUGAGUGGCCGGCAGAUUACAGUCAACGCAUCCAAGAGCUGCUCGACAAACACAAACGACGUCUUGAGCGUCGUUGGAAUAAACGCGCCUAUCAAAAAGGAGCAGGUAAGGGAGUAGCAAGGAUGCCCGGAGGCUGGGUCGAGGCCAAUUAGGGGCUCAAAGUACAAGGCUGGCUGGGAGUCUUUCUACUUGGUUAUUUUGUUUGUUUUCUUAAUCAAGAAUGGAAUGGAUGGAUUCUCUUGGCGGUUCGCAAUGUCUUUUCUCUUUCUUUCCUGUGGUCUCGAAAAAUGGUCUUUUAGGUGCGGCUGCAGGUAAACGUUGGGCAGAAAGACAUAUACGAAGCAAAACAGCAAGAUUGGCUGAAGAAAAAAAAAGGUCUCUCUUUGGGAGUUUGUGAAACACGAUUCCAUGGUCUUCAUGGCUCCACAGGGCUAAUUGAUGGUUUGUCCAACGCAAACAAAUCUAUCACACAUUUUGUGACCAUCACACACCUCUCUCACCUCACACACGCACGCGCACUUGUUUUGCCACACCGUGGUCUGCUUCCCGAAAUCUGAAGGCUUCACCCUUGCAAAAAAAAAAAAAAAAAGAGGGGGAAAAA